AUGGUAAGCGAUCGUCUAUUACUGAAUGAUCAGAACACGGAAUUUCCUCUAUUUGGCACUCGUCAACAACUGAGCAAAGUCGAAUCACUCCCUCUAAGAGUUGAAGCAGUGGGUAUAGAACCCGUGAAUUGCGUAAGAAAUCUUGGUGCUUGGUUUGAUUCGAUGUUGUCUAUGGAAACUCAUAUCAACAAAGUAUGGAGUUCUUGGAUUUUAUUAUCUGCAUAACCUCAGAAGGAUUAGAAAACACCUGUCACAAGACUGUCUAGUAACUCUUAUCCAUUCGUUUGUCACAAGUCGGCUGGACUACUGCAAUAGUCUCAUGUGUGGCCUCCCGCAGUGUCAAAUUUCAAAAUUACAGAGAGUACAGAACGCUGCUGCUCGCAUUGCUCUUGACGUUUGUAAAUUCUGCCAUAUAACUCCUGCACUGCGACAACUUCACUUGCUACCUGUCGUAAAGCAAAUUCAAUUUAAGAUCCUGCUUCUCACUUUCAAAGCUAUUCACGGUCUCUCUCCUCCCUACAUCAGUAAACUUAUAACUGUCAAACCCAAAUCUACUUACGGUCGCCGCUCAAACAUAAGUACUCUGCUGCUACCUCCUACACAGAAAAUGCUCCCUACACUUGGUGCUCGCUCCUUUGCUGCUGCUGCCCCUGCGCUUUGGAACAAACUGCCUGCUCAUAUUAGAAAUGUUGCUUCCUUAAAUAGUUUUAAGAAAUCAAUCAAGACCUUUAUAAUUAACGAAUCACUUUAA